UUAAGAAUGUCUCUGCCAAGUCGACAAACAGCUAUUGUUAACCCACCUCCACCAGAGUAUAUAAAUGCUAAGAAAAAUGGACGAUUGACAAAUCAACUGCAGUAUCUACAAAAAGUUGUCCUGAAGGCUUUAUGGAAACAUAGCUUUUCUUGGCCCUUUCAGCAGCCUGUGGAUGCCGUGAAACUAAAGUUGCCUGAUUAUUAUACCAUUAUAAAAAAUCCAAUGGAUUUAAAUACAAUUAAGAGGCGCUUGGAGCAUAAAUAUUAUGUGAAAGCUUCGGAAUGCAUAGACGACUUCAAUACAAUGUUCUCAAAUUGUUAUUUGUAUAACAAGCCUGGAGAUGACAUUGUUUUAAUGGCACAAGCUCUAGAGAAGUUGUUUGUGCAGAAAUUAUCUCAGAUGCCACAGGAAGAACAAGUUGUGGGUGGUAAGGAAAGAAUGAAGAAAGGCACACAGCAGAAUGUGAUAGUUUCUUCUGUUAAAGAAAAACCAUACCCCAAAGCACCAGAAAAAGUAUUUAAGCAGCAAAUGAUUCCCUCUGCAUUGCCUGAGACAUCUAUUUCGCCCUUAAAUAUGACACAAGGAGCUCAGCUCAACUCUACCUCACAGACAAUUGCCCAAGUUACAAGAGGUGUGAAGAGGAAAGCAGAUACAACAACUCCUGUAACUUCAGUAGUUAAAGCAAGUAGUGACUCUCUCCCAACAUUUACAGAAAACAAAUCGGUGAAAAUUCCACUUAUAAAAGAAAAUAUGCUAAAGAAUGUUUUGCCAGAUUCUCAGCAACAAUAUAAAGUUGUAAAGAAUGUUAAAGUAACCAAACAAUUAAAGCACUGUAGUGAGAUUCUUAAAGAAAUGCUUGCAAAGAAACACUUAUCAUAUGCAUGGCCCUUUUAUAAUCCUGUUGAUGUUAAUGCUUUGGGACUCCAUAACUACUAUAUUGUCAAAAAUCCAAUGGCUCUUGGAACUAUUAAGUGAAAAAUGGACAACCAAGAGUAUAAGGAUACAUACGAAUUUGCUGCAGAUGUUAGAUUAAUGUUCAUGAAUUGCUACAAAUACAGCCCUCCAGAUCAUGAAAUAGGGACAAUGGCAAGAAUGUUCCAAGAUGUUUUUGAAAGGCAUUUUGCAAAGAUCCCUGAUGAACCUGUUGAGAGCAUGCCUCUAUGUUACAUCAAAACAGAUACCACAAAAACGUUUGGUAGAGAAAGCAGUGGUGACGCUUCCUCUGAAGAUAAAACUUCUGAUGAUUCCGAAGAUGAACGAGUUCAACGUCUUACAAAGCUUCAGGAGCAGCUUAAAGCUGUUCAUCAACAACUGCAGGUUCUGUCCCAAGUACCUUUCCGUAAACUCAAGAAAAAGAAUGAGAAGUCUAAAAGGGAAAAGAAAAAAGAAAAGUUUAAUAACAGAGAUGAACAUCCGAGGAAAAAGUUUAAGCAAAUGAAACUAAAGGAAAACGCCAAGAACAAUCAGCCAAAGAAGAGGAAACAACAGGUCCUUGGUCUGAAAUCUGAAGAUGAAGAUAAUGCUAAACCUAUGAAUUAUGAUGAGAAAAGGCAGUUAAGUUUAGAUAUAAACAAACUCCCUGGAGAUAAACUUGGGCGAAUAGUUCAUAUAAUACACUCAAGAGAGCCUUCACUGAGAAAUUCGAAUCCUGAUGAGAUAGAGAUAGACUUUGAAACACUGAAAGCAUCAACAUUGAGAGAACUAGAAAAAUAUGUUGCAGCAUGUCUAAGAAAAAGACCACUAAAACCUUAUGCUAAGAAAAUAAUGAAGUCCAAGGAAGAACUUCAUUCACAGAAAAAACAAGAGUUGGAAAAGCGGUUACUGGAUGUCAAUAAUCAGUUAAAUUCUAGAAAACGUCAAACAAAAUCUGAGAAAACGCAAUCAUCCAACGCAGUUGUAAGCGGUUCCCGAUUGAGUGAAAGCAGCAGCAGCAGCAGCAGCAGCUCAUCAGCGUCUGAAAGUAGUAGCAGUGAUUCAUGUUCUUCAGACAGCAGUGAUUCUGAAUCAGAAAUAUUUCCUAAAUUUACUGGAGUGAAACAGAAUGAUUCUCCUUCUAAAGAGAAUGUAAAGAAAAUGAGGGAGGAAUACGUAUUUCCUGAAGGAGGGACAGGUUUCACAGAGAAGCAGAUACAAUCUUCUAUGCAAGACUCAACUUCUGUUCAUCAGACCACACAUUCGUAUGGAAUACCACCAAAUCACAACCAGUUAACACUUAAUCAUCAAGAAUUAGAAAAAUUACAGAGUGUGAAAAACAUUUCAUCUUUACAAAUUCUGCCUCCAUUGGGUGAAUCUGAGCAAGGCUUGAAUGACCUAACUGUGAUGCAUCAGUCUGGUAACAUUGACACAAUUGUGGUAGAACCUGAAUGUCAAGUUCCUGUGCAGAAGGAUAUAAAGAUCAAGAAUGCAGACUCUUGGAAAAGUUUAGGCAAACCAGUCAAAACAUCAGGUGUACUAAAAUCCUCAGAUGAGCUCUUCAACCAGUUUAGAAAAGCAGCAAUAGAAAAGGAAGUAAAAGCUCGAACACAGGAGCUAAUACAGAAACAUCUGGAACAGAAUACAAAGGAACUCAGAGUAUCUCAAGAAAAUCAGAGGGACAUUGGUAACGGCUUGACUCUAGAAUCUUUUUCAAAUAAAAUGGAAAACAAAUGCCAUGGAGAAGAGCAGAAAGAACAUCAGCAGUCAUUGGAAACUCAAGAUAAAUGCAAACUCUGGCUUCUCAAAGACCGUAAUUUAGCAAGGGAGAGAGAGCAAGAGCGGAGGAGGAGAGAAGCAAUGGCUGGUACCAUUGAUAUGACUCUUCAAAGUGACAUUAUGACAAUGUUUGAAAACAACUUUGAUUAA